GGAUCACGUCAGCAGUUGUGUCCCAGUAAAAGUGUUCAACACUGAUAGUCAAUCAGUGUUAGGAGCUGUUGAUACCGGGGCAAAGUGAGGCUAGAUCUACCUGUGUGUGGUGAGGAGUGAGCUAGACCCCCCAGCAGCUCUCGCAGGACGGUCGGGGUGGCGAGAAGCUGGUGAUGGUGUUAUAAAAGGCGGGGGAGGAAGGCCACCGCGAUGUCCCUUUUUCGCAAGAGCCCAAAAAGUCCCCAGGAGGUGUCUAAAGCCCUCAAGGAUGCCCUUACAGCUCUUGAACGAUCUGACAAAAAAGCUGAAAAGGCACAAGAGGACACUAGCAAGAGCCUGACUCAGAUCAAAACGAUGCUUUAUGGCACCACUGACUCAGAACCUCAGGAUAUAGUGUUGGCGCAGCUGGCACACGAGUUUUACAACACCAAUAUGCUCCUGCUACUUAUUCUUAACCUUCAUAGAAUAGACUUCGAGGGCAAGAAGGAUGUGGCUCAGAUCUUCAAUAACAUCCUGCGAAGGCAAAUAGGUAUUCGUUCCCCAACAGUUGAAUAUAUUUGUACUAAACCAGAGAUUCUCUUUACUCUCAUGAAGGGAUAUGAACACCAGGAUAUUGCCCUUCACUGUGGCACAAUGCUUCGGGAGUGUGCCAGAUAUGAGGCCCUCACAAGAAUCAUCCUUAACAGUGAUGACUUCUAUAACUUUUUUAAGUAUGUAGAAGUAUCUACUUUUGACAUUGCAUCUGAUGCCUUCUCCACAUUUAAGGAGCUUCUGACAAAACACAAGAUGCUGUGUGCAGAGUUCCUAGAACAAAACUACGACCGUGUAUUCUCACAGUACGAGAAUCUCCUCAACUCUGAUAAUUAUGUGACUCGAAGACAGUCACUCAAGUUACUCGGGGAACUUUUAUUAGACAGACAUAACUUUUCUGUGAUGAAGCGAUACAUCAGUAAUCCAGACAACUUGAAAUUGAUGAUGAUAAUGUUAAAGGAGAGAUCUCGAAAUAUCCAGUUUGAAGCCUUCCAUGUGUUUAAGGUGUUUGUUGCCAAUCCAGACAAGCCUCGGCCCAUCCUGGAAAUCCUUCUGCGAAACCAGGACAAGCUUGUAGAGUUCUUGACACGCUUCCAUACAGACCGCUCUGAAGAUGAACAGUUCAAUGAUGAAAAAGCCUAUCUAAUUAAGCAGAUCAAGGAACUGAAACCUCUUCCCCCGGACCAGUAGUUUUAGUGGACUAGAAGUGAUGGAGUGGCAGCAUUAGUAGUAGCCUGGGAUAUGUCUGGGCUGCUGUUGAUUGAACCAUGUCAUCCAAAGAGAAGCUUAUGAAAAGUGGAGCUUCCUUCAAUAUACCACAAAUACCCAGUCCUGCCCUUGAAUCAGCAAUUGCAACAUUGUUUAGCUUCCUCUAUAUUAUGCCUUAGUGAUCUUCAAGUUUUGCUAAGGGGAUACCUGAGGCAUUGCUCAUAGCACGACCCUUAAUAGUUGCUGAACAACUUCUCUUUGUUGAGGACAGUCAAAGAUUGCAUUGUAGUCUUGGGCUGGUGUUCUCAGCAUGUUGUUGACCAUGUUGGGGCCAAUGUGAAGCUGUUUAAUUAUUCAUUCAUGACCCUGCUGCAGAGGGCAUUCCAGAUCUUAUUUUAUAAGUUUUUCAUAAGAUAACGGUCUGAGAGUAAAGAUGAGGAGGCAGGGUUUCCCUUAGCUGUGGACCUAGAUGAUAUUUUCUAAUAGUCUCAUGGUUUGCUUGUAAUAAUGUGUUCAUCUUUUAUAGGUGAAGUUGAUUAAUAUUAAAUUAUUGAACUAACACUAACAGCUAGCAGUUACAAGUUCUUCAUUAUGAAUAAUUAUCCAUCGAGCUGCCAUUGUAAAAUUCCUCUUGUGCAGGAUAAAAUCAUUUUAUAAUAUUUGUAUAUAGACGUGUGUCGAAAAGGGAUGUGAUUUAUAUAGGACAGUGUUGGUUAAUAUAUUUAGAGUUAAUGAUUCCUGCAGACAGUUUAUUGUUUUAUGUAAUAUUUCGGUACUUAAGGUUAUUUAAAGUAAUCCUUUAGAGAGCAUCAAUACAUAAGCAAGCAGCCAUAUUUCUUUUUGUGUAGAAAUUAAUUUGCAGCUGAUAAUGCCAAUAACAGUUCUUGGGCUUUUUUUUUUAUUUAUUUAUUUUUUAUUUUAUUUUUAUGGAAAGACACAUUCAUUUAGGUAGGGACAGUCUUGGGGGUGGUAGAUAUUAAUUUUAAAUUAUCUGUUGAAACCAGUAAAUAGCAACAGCUUUAGGUGAAUCCAGGUUUUAUAUAAAUGAAUAACCUGGCCUGCCAACUUUAUUGUGUAAGAAAGUUUAAUAACUGACCAGAAGUAUCAUUCUUGGUGUUAUAUAAAGGGGUUUGAUGGCUAGUAUGGUAAACAGCUGUGCUUUAAAGGAGACACAUAGUGAUCAGUACACUAAGUGAUUGUCAAAAAUGAAGAAGGAAUCAAUUAGCUUGAAAUGUUAAGAGAUGGUACUGCUUGUUGUUGUAAUGCCUGAACAUGGAAGACGAGGAGCAGUCUGUGGAUGGAGUAAAGUUUGAAUGCUGCCACAAGUUUAGCAUAUGGCAAUGUGAUACAUAUUUCCAAGGGAAAGUGUCUUAGAUUUUUGCAUCAGUGGUUUUCGAAUUCAGUCCAUCAUGAUGUGAGAUUUGUAUAAUAAUUUUUGUUUUGUUUGUUAUGUUCAGUUUGUUAUUGAAAAUGAUUUAUUGUUUUUAAAGUGAUGAGCAAUGUUGACAGUAUAUUUGGUUUGGAUUAUAUAGGGAGCUUCAUCACAAUAUUUGGUAGUAUUUGGCAAAUUUCAAGCAGAGGAAACAUUUGGCACAGUUUUCGUAUGAAGUAAAGUAAUUUUACUAUUUUUAUGUAUCAGUUUUAAUUUAUAUGAAUUUCAGCAUCAAAGAAUAUUGGCUAGUGAAUCCAUGCCAAAAAAUAUAAGAAAUAAACAUC